AUGAUCAACAUAAAAGAAAUCUUUGAAGAAGAGGAUCGAAAAAUGUUACACUACGGGUGCAAAAUUCGUUCCGGUUCCAAUGUGUUCUGGAUGCUGGCGCUAGGGCUACUGCUACUAGCCAGCGUACUGGGAUCCGAUGCAGCCAACAACCCAAGGAGUGGUUUGCAAAAACCGGCAGCCGUUGCCAAUCAGCAAGGGAAUCGGCUGCAAGCACCGAGCACCAAAACGAAGCUAGUGUCGGACAGCGUAACCAAUCUAGCCGCAAGGAUCGCUAACGCGCUGUCGAACCAGAAAAGCAAAACGGAAAUCUUCUCACCCGUCAGCAUUGCGGGAGCGUUGUCGCUGCUGCUGCUUGGCUCUGGCGGUCAAACGCAGCAAGAACUGCUUAAAGUUAUGGGCUUAGACAAGGGACAGCUCUCGUUCCAGGAGAUACACGUCAGCUUCGGACGCCUGUUUCAAGACCUGGUGUCGAACGAUCCGAGCCUGGAGCCGCUGGUGACCUGGCGCUUGAACGAUAAGUGCAAUCGAUACGAUGAAGAGGAGGAUGAUGAGGAGUUUCUACCAGCACAAUCACCGAGCAAUCCCAACGAAUACCCGUCCCAUCAGAUAUCGGUUGCGAACGGUUUGUUUCUGCAAAAAGACCUCAAGCCAAUCGAUCGUUACCUGCAAUUAACGCAACGCAUCUACCAAGGGACGGUCAAUAAUCUGGACUUUGAGCGUGAUGCGAAUGGUGCCGCAGCGUUCAUAAACAAAUGGUGCUCGGACGCAACCAAAGGCAAGAUCACGGAGAUUGUCACGGAGGAUCUGCUGUACAACACGCGCAUGAUAGUGGCGAAUGCUUUGUACUUUAAGGCACAAUGGGAAACUACAUUUUCACCGUUCGGUACCCGGAAGAGAUCGUUCUAUCCUAACGGUCGAUUAGAACCGGCGAUCAGUGUGGAAUCGAUGGCUACUUCCGGAUGCUUCCCUUACUACAAUGCGACCAAUGAGUACGAUGUUGAGAUUAUUGGACUGCCGUACGAGACGGGCAAAUCGACCAUGUACAUCAUCCUACCCAAUGGUUCGAACCGGCAGAAAAUCCAAGAGAAGCUGGCAGUACUAAACGCUGCCCACCUAAACUGGUUGAUCGACCGAAUGAUCGUGAAGAAGGGUAUGGUUGUGCUACCGAAGCUGAACAUCUCGAACCGCAUUCAUUUGGGCAGCAUUCUGCAACGGUUGGGCAUCCGCGAUCUGUUCGAUCCGCAGCGAAGUAAUUUGACGGAGAUGUUCAACGACAAAAGGGCGACUGACUCCACCGAUACUAGCAACCCAAGUGAGCCGAUUAAGCCACUAAACACUCAAAACCGUUUAGAUGUUACGGAACCACCAAAAUAUCAGACAUCCACACAAAACCCAAUCAUUGCUCCUGUACGGCAGAACACAGCACCGCGGCCACAAACACCGCAACAAGCGCUGCCACAGCCACGGCCUCCAACAAACGCUGUACAAGACAUAGUAUCCUUUAACACAACGGCCCAUGACUGUAAUUUGAUCGAGAACUGUGGAUAUACAGCGCGCACCAACGAAUGUACAUGCAAUCGUAUACCAACCGAGGAGCGCAACCCGGACUGUGGAGCGCAUAUAGCGAAACAUUAUUAUGAUGAUAAGAAGAAAAGGAAUUGUCUGAUUGGAUUUACCGCAUCAUCGCUAACAACGCACAUUUGUUUAAAGCCUAACUACCAACUUAAUCUGGAGUUAAGAACCCCGGCAGCAUGCGAACAGCGAUAUGAAUGUAAAAUGUUUAAAAAUUUGUGUUACUGUUGUAAUUCCAAUGUGGCUUUGCAACAGCCACAAACCCAAAACCAGGCCGGGUCAAACAGCCAACCGAUGGUGGUGAAUCGGUUCGGUGGAGACGACGCGGUGUACCCAAAUCAACCGGUUUAUAGUAACGUUCAACCGAAGAUCACUUGCUACCGCUAUGCUCAACUCUUCAACAGUUAUAUUUGCCAGCAAUAUGGAUUCCAAUGGGAUGCUGUUCAAAAUGUUUGCUUUACAUGCACAACAUCAUCCCGUAUCCAGAAACGCCAGGCUCCAUUCCUCGGACAACCGGCACAGGGAACCGUGGGUCAAUCGAGGCCCCAGGUACAGCAAACACCAUACCAGCAGCUGCUAGACCAGCCGGAACUGCCACAACAACAGUUCCAAACUAGACUAUCACAGCAGUCAGCGCAACAACAGCAGCCAAUACAACGGCAACAGCAAGGAACAUUUCAACCGCAAACAGUACAGCAACAGCAGCAGCAAUCGCAACAAACUCAACGGCAACGGCCAGCACAGCAGCAACAAAAUCAGGUGCAACGGCCAGCGCAGCAGCAACCCCAACAACAGCCUCGGCAACCACAGCGACAACCGUACGGGUCGGUGCAUGUGAAUGAGAUCAUCACCCAAGUAACGCUGGAUGUGAACGAACAGGGCACGGAAGGUGGAGCGGUUACCGCAGCACUUAUCGAUCGUAUUGGACCAGGCUAUUCGUUCGUGGUUGACGGCCCAUUCAUGAUCUUCAUUCGCCACGACCAAACGCAACUUCCAUUGUUUUACGGUGCCGUGUACGAUCCACGCUACCCAUCCGACUACGACCCAUCAGCGCAUUUAAUAACGCUCGCCAACGGUAUAUUUGUCGAGCGCAACUUCCAGCUCAGCGACACGUACCGCAACCAAUCGAUGAUGUACUACAGCUCCGAGGUACAGUCCCUUGACUUUGAGCUGAACGCGUCCGGUGCGACGCAGCACAUUAAUGGAUGGGUAAGCGAGAAAACCCACGGCAAGAUUCCGAACAUACUUGCAUCGACAUUGCACCCCAGCACGGUCAUGGUGCUGGCGAGUGCCCUGUACUUCAAGGCACUCUGGGCGGAAACGUUUAUCGAUGGUGCGACGAAGCUGCGCGAAUUUUACCCGGACGGUAAGGACAAACCGUCGGUGAUGGUGGAAAUGAUGGCACACGGUGGUUGCUUUCCGUUCUACGAAUCAGCAGAGCUGGAUGCGCGCAUCAUUGGGUUGCCGUACAAGAACAACCUGACCACCAUGUACGUGAUCAUGCCGAACGAUUCGAACCGGGUGAAACUGCAGCGGCUCAUCCCGAAGCUGAACGGUGACAAGCUGAAUCAGUUGAUCGACAGUAUGUCGAUUAAAACCUCGAUCAUCCUGUUUCCAAAGAUGCACAUCAGCAACACAGUGGAUCUGAAGCGAGUGCUCCAACAGUUAGGCGUAUCGUCAAUGUUCCGAGCGGAGCGAAGCAAUCUAUCCGCCAUGUUGAACGAAGAACCAGAACAGACGGAUUCAUACCCGAGUCGAGUGCAAGAAGCGGUAGACGCAUUAGCUCCAGCAAAGCGACCUGCGCUAAACAUACCGACAUACGAUAGGAGACCAACUUCAGAGCCGUGGCACGAUAGGAAAGAAAUAUUAAUAUUCAAUCGAAUCAGUAACGCUACGGUAGAUGAACCGGCCGUGAAUUCGACGGAGCAACCACCAACGACAGAAACUGUCCCACAGACGCUAGUCCCAUUAACUCCGAGUCCAUCUAGAACGGGUCGGCAUGGUAAAACAAAGCGUGACGUUAGUUACAAGGUGCCGAGCAGUAAGCACGCACAAGCUGGACCACUGAGCAGCAAGGACUUCAUACUGAACAAGCGUAUCGUCAAGGAAAAUGGUCCAGUGGGGAAGAAGGGUUUGCGAAGGCGUAGCAAACGUGCGGCCGGGCAGCUGUACGUGAGCAACGCCGUGCAUCAGGUCGAUCUGGAGGUGAACGAAACGGGUACGGAAGGUGGGGCGGCCACUAUUGUGACACUGAACCGUUCCGGCACCAGUGUUGUGUUCCGUGCGGAGGCACCAUUUUUGCUGCUGAUUCGAAACGAUCGUACGGAUUUGCCGCUAUUUUACGGACCCAUUUACCAUCCGACUAGCUAA